CCCGUGAAACAAAGUCCCUGAAGAAGUAGAGUGACUCGCAUGGAGGUUUCGUUUUUGUGCUGAAAAGACAAGCGUGUAGUUUGUUCGGUUCGGUUCGGUUCUUUUAAGCUCAUCGUUGAUAUUAUCAGGAGUUAUUAAGAGUACAGUGCUAUGGAGAACGGUGAAUGUAGUAGCCAGGCUUCCACAGAGAGCAUCAGUGUUCAUGAUUUUUCUGAGAAGCUUUUGGAGCAGGUGGUGCAUUUCCAUGUGAUGAAGCUCAGUGGAGGCUUUUUGCUUUGGGUCGGAACCAGUCCUGUUCUUUCAAACCUGGCUGUUUCCAUGGACAGCAGAUUUGACUCCAUGCCUUUGUCUACACUGGUUUUGGGAGAUUCAUCAGACACGACCCCAACUUCCUUAGCUCAGAGACUGACGAAGAAGACCAAGAAGCAGGUGUUUGUGAGCUACAACCUUCCGGUGACGGACUCCAAUCUGUCCAUGUUAGUGGAGAACCGAAUAAAAAAGGAGAUGGAGCUCCAUCCUGACAAAUUUUAACCACUUAUUUUUCCAAUCCCUGCAUGUUUUUUCUUUUUGUACAUAGUCAACUAAUAAAGAUUUCCAACAUAA